AUGUCUUGCAACAUCUUUCGAGCACCUCCAGAGGUGUUUCACAAAAUUGUAUUCUUCGCCACCCUUGCCUCGCCACUUGGUCCCCCGAAGGAACUUCUAAACUGUAUGCUUGUCUGUCGUAUCUUCUGGGAGCGCCUACUUCCGAAAAAUGCCAGUCAGCUGUAUUUCCUGAUAUUUGCACAAAAAUUCGACGCUCGCGGCCCCAUAUAUCGCCUUACCAAGGAUGUUAUCCACGAGCAUGCUCCUUUAGAGAUGCGACGCCGCUUUGAAGCGAUCCAUAUAUUCAAAAAUCGAAUGUUCGACCAUCCUGGCCUGACUGAGGCAUUGUGGAUAGCGUAUCUCAUGGUCGAGGACUCUGAUACGAGCCAGAAAAACAUCAAGCAAUUGCUCCGAGUGGGCACUCUUACUUUUCUGGACUCGUAUCUGCGUUCUCGACUAAAAGAUGACGCUGGGGAUAACCUUGGCUGGCCAAUCGUUGACGAAAAUGUGUCUCUUGCCAUCGCUCUUGCUUGGACGCUUGCUUCCCCAAGAGUAAUGGGCUCCGAGCAUCCAGAUGCGCGUACGGAAAUGGUGACAAUGUUGAAACCCAUCACGUUCGCCUCAUUCCGAUAUUCUAUUUCUUGUCUGUCACCGGAUAGUUUUGAGUUCGCUGAUUCCUCUCACCCUCUUACGUCUUUUCUAAAUAUGACCCACCCAUCAUAUCCUAUAUCUGCAUACCCACCUCAACAAAUUGACUACUUUGGAGCAGUUAAACGAAAGGCACGUCCCCCAUUGGCGGCAAUCUUUGCUACUCUUUUGUAUUUUGUCCGAGUGGAUGCGGAGUUUGUCACUGAGAUACCCGCACAUGUCACCUGCGAGACCCGUGCGGAGGCCAUUCAGCAGGGAUUGGAGGGUCCCUGUGCCGAGGACUUUCGACAUUUUUUUAAUCAUUGCCGUACACGCUUCGCGGAUUUCCCAGGUAUAGAUGUUGGCAUUCAAUCGUCGUCGAUUGCUACCAACCCCGACACUAUCCUGUGCCAGCCUUCGUUCUACAGGCUGGGGUCCCUCACAGGGCAAUGGCAGGGAAUGUUCAUCAUGCAUGGAAUUUACAGUGAUGUCAGUGCUAUCCAUACUCCUGCAGUUUUCGAUCAUCCCUCUGUUUUGGAAACCAGACGGCCAUUUUACUUGACCAUUGAAGAACACUACUGCUGCGAUACUCGGUACACUGUCCCUGUCAAUCGUAAACAGAAUGCAAUCCAAGAGGCAUGGCUCCCAGAAGAUAUACAGGCUCGUCAAACGCCUGGCGGCAUCGAAUUUACGGACGAGGGCGGGACUUUUCUCACUACGUACACUACACAUACGGAGGAUCGAUAUAGGGUGGCAUGGGGUGGAUACAGAAAGAUUAUCGGGCGUGUAAGGUUACACGACGGACUUCUGGCCCUUGUUCAAAGCGAUCCUGAUCCUCAGUUAGGGAAAAUGGUUCUUAACGGAUACGUGACCUCGUCGCAAAAUCUUGUCGGAAGGAUGAGGCACUAUCGCGGUACUUCUGAAACCCGAUUUGAGGGGGCCUUUAGUCUCAGCAAAAACCAUACCGGCGACGCUACGUUUUCUUUCAAUAAGUUUUAG